AUGACUCCGUGGCCCCCUUCCCAAAACCCUGCCGGGCUGCCACGAUUUCUUUCUAUCCUUGCGAUAUACCUGCUUUCCCUGUGGUCUGUGACCAAUGCGCUUGCAACUCAACCUCAAAGGCCCCUCGGGGAGUCCUUGCCUGCAGAGCAAGGAUCAUUCGAGUACUUUGAAGAUGUAUUGGGCGGGACCGAUCUCGGAGAAAACGAUGCGACGGUUAUCUCGUGGAGCGGGGAAGCUCCUGCUCAGACAUUACAAAAUCUGCUUGACGCAUUGAAUGUCAUGCAGGAUAAAUACUUCUGCUUGUGGCUUGGUACUUGGCCUAGUAGUAUUGACUGGACUGCUGCUGUUCUUGGGACGCAUGUUGGCGCGGCAUUGUCUUCCUUUACUUCCUCUUACGGCCCGGGUGUUGAUGCAGAGCAAGCACGCGACUACUCUUUUCUCGCGCUCGAGAAUACCGUCAAUCAAUUCUUUAGCCAUCUGAAUACCUUCUACUUCGGUGAGAAUGCCUUUGGUUUACGGAAUCAAGCCUACGAUGAUAUGCUCUGGGUGGUACUGGAUUGGCUGGAGAAUAUUAAAUUCCAAGACCUACAUACCGAUUUCCACUAUGCUCCUUCCAACGCAUCGAACUCAUCAAAUGCAUCAUCUGGCUCUACGUGGUAUGGCACUCAAUUUCGCGACUCGGCUGCACACCGAGCCCGCAUCUUCUACGAGCUGGCCUCUGUAGGAUGGGACAAGACUCUUUGCGAUGGUGGAAUGAUCUGGAAUCCUUCCCUCACGCCAUACAAAAACGCUAUCACAAAUGAGCUGUAUAUCUCUGCAAGUAUUGCAAUGUAUCUAUACUUCCCCGGCGACCCCAUCGACGCCCCGUUCAUAACCACCCAAGACCCGGUCUCCCCGCAUAACCCCAUAUUCCUGAAAGCAGCAGUCGACGGGUAUACAUGGCUAAAGGAGUCCAACAUGACCGGUACCUACGGCCUCUACGCCGACGGCUACCACAUCAGAGGCUGGCGCAGCUCCUCGGACCCAGGCACACGAAAAUGCGACGUGCUCAACACAAUGGUCUUCACAUACAACCAGGGCGUUGUUCUCAGUGGGCUCAGAGGUCUCUGGCUCGCCACGGGCUCACAGGAUUACCUACGCGAUGGCCACGAAAUUAUUCACAAAGUCCUUCAAGCUACAGGUUGGCCGAAGACUACAUCAACGAAGUGGGCUGGACUCGGGCGUGGUGGUGUCCUCGAAGACGCGUGCGACUCACACGCCACCUGCUCGCAGGACGGGCAGACCUUCAAGGGAAUAUUCUUCCACCAUCUAACGGAAUUCUGCCGCCCACUACGACCACAGGAAGAACGGUUCCUGGCGGGUGACACGCGCCGGCCUAUAGAAGAUGAGAACUGGGAGCAGAUCUUCACUCGUCAUUUGAACCGAUGCCGUUCCUACGGAGCAUGGAUCGAGCAUAAUGCCCGUGCGGCACUGAUGACUCGAGAUGACGAGGGCAAGUUUGGUAUGUGGUGGGGUCUGCCAUUCUCAUCUAUCCUAGCCGACGGAAUGGCGGGUAGCAGUACUCUCCCAGAGGGCGCAGUGGACUACCUCAACAGGGUGGAUGCCGAGGCUUCGGGUGUACCACGGGACUUCAAUGAUCGCGGUCGUGGCCGUACGGUUGAGACACAGUCUGGCGGUGUUGCCGUGUUGCGGGCUUUGUUCCAGUGGCAAACUAGCGAUGCCCUCUCAUGA